AUUUUUAAUUGUGUUUUCUUGGAGGGUUUCUUUCUUUGCUGUCUUUGAUUCUUUUUUAAUGUUCUCUACGUUUCCUUAGCCUUAUUUAGAAGACAUACAAUGCGUAUGAUACGCCUCUACGUACACAUUUACAUACAUCUAUAUAUAAACCAACAAAUUAUCGCCUCCUUUUUAGUCACACAUUUAUAUCAACACCUAAAAGAAACAAAAAAACAGAGGAAAAACCCCAAAAAAAAAAACAGAGAAAGAAACCCUAAAAAAAACAGAGGAAUAACUUUUGAAAUCUAUGGCAAAGAAGGUGAGGAAGCUUCACGUGACGGUGAAGCCGGUGAGGCUUGAUGGUUUACCGGCUAUUCUCGGUGAUGAAACGGCAGGAAAGAACCUUUCCGCGAUGGUGGAGGUGAAAUGGAAGGGACCUGUCUCCGGUUUUGGAUUGGGCUUCGUCCCAUUCUAUCGUUCUAAUCGACCGGUUAACCAUACGAGCUCUAAACCGAUUGCUUUAGGCUCAAACCACGUAGAAUGGGAGGAAGAGUUCGAACGCGUUUGUUGCAUUGUUGGCCCAUGGAACCUCUCCUUCAAUGUCUUCUACGGUGAGAAUAUGGACGCAAAAAACAAAAAGUCUUUGAUCGGAAAAGCAUCGUUGGAUUUAUCGGAGUUAGCGUCGAAACAAGAAUCGACGGUGGAGAGAAAGCUUCCGAUUCGGUCAAAGGGUUCCGUACUUUCGAAGGAAGCAACACUUGUGGUCAACGUGACUUUUUCUGAGGUAAGAACCGAACCAGACGACUUUAUGCAACUUGGUCAGAUCUCCGUUGACUCAGCAAUUCCGAAGAAAAAGUCAACGAGUCGUCGCGGCGGUGGUAGCCAUUUCGACUCUUUUUCCUCCCCAGCCACCGCGUCGAGUUCAGGCGGACGUAGCCCCGUAGUUGAAACCGGGUUAUUUUCAAGCCCGGAUGAGAACCAGUCUGAACCGGGUCAAAAAGCCGGGUUUAAUUGGUGGAAGAGAAGACGGUUAAGCUUUUCUAUGACAUGGAGAAGAGAACCGAGAGAGGAUGAAGUUACGAAGACAUCAACAAAACCAUCGGAGGAACUAGAAAAACCGGCGACGGAGAUACCAAUCGAGGCAAACAAAUGGGUAAUGAAGGAUUUAGUGAGCCGCGAUGGAAAAUCGAAGCUGAAAUCGGAAGUUUACUUAGCGUCGAUUGAUCAAAGAAGCGAACAAGCCGCCGGAGAAGCAGCAUGCGCGGCGGUUGCGGUGGUGGUGGCUCAUUGGUUCCACGCGAAUCCUAAGCUCAUCAAUCCUUCAGGAACAGCGUUCGAUUCACUAAUCACGCAAGGGUCUUCUUUAUGGCAAUCUCUUUGCGACAAAGAAUCGUAUCUAAGAUUGUUUCCAAACAGGCAUUUCGAUCUGGAAACGAUCGUUUCCGCAAAUUUACGACCGGUUAGGGUUUGUACCGAUAAAUCGUUUACCGGGUUAUUCAGCCCGGAGAGAUUUGCUUCGUUGGAUGGUCUGAUGUCGUUUGAUCAGAUUUGGGACGAGGUAGAGAAAGAAGUAGCGUUAGCCUCAAGUAAUGGUGAAACUAGGGUUUAUAUUGUUAGCUGGAACGAUCAUUUCUUCGUGGUAAAGGCAGAUUUAGAUGGUUUUUGCGUUAUUGAUUCGUUAGGGGAGAGAUUGUUUGAAGGAUGCAAGCAAGCUUACAUUCUUAAGUUUGAUGAUUCGAGUUUGAUGUAUGAGAAAGAGGAAUCGUCGGAGAAGUUGGUUUGUGAGGGUAAAAAGUGUUGUAGAGAAUAUAUAAAGAGCUUUUUGGCGGCGAUUCCGGUGGCGGAGUUGGCGGCAAAGGAGGAGAAAGGGAAUGUAGUGGAUGUGUCUCUUCUUCAUGAGAGACUUCAGAUUGAUUUGCAUCAUAUUAUAUUGACUAGUAGUGAUUAGAGUUUUUUUUUUUUUUUUCUGACUAUUGAUUGGUGACUCGUUAGUGUAGAUUUGUUAGGAUGGUGAGAGAUAUUCAAUGGGAGUGUAGAUUUAGGAUGGUGCAUGUGGUUCGUUAUAAUGUUCUUGAGAGAAUGUGUUGGAUAUAAUAAGUCAAGAAAAAGUUAUCAUUUGUCAUGGCUUAGGUACUAAAAUCCAAUCAGGGUUUCUUUUUGACAUGUUUUCGAGUACAUUCCUCAGCCGAGAACAAAACCCGAACCCAAACCUAAUGUAGGUGAUGUUGGAAAUACUUAAUCCUACUUGACAAGAUCAAGAGAAGAUGAGAAGAAGAAUCGUAAGAAGAGAAGAAGAAAGAAGAUGUUUGUUUGUGUAAUGAAGAAAAGAAGAAGAAGAAGAGUCAACAUGAAAGGAAGAGAAGAUAAAGGCUUUUGGGCCAUGUUGCACAUGAAUCCUUAGUCUUUUUUCCUUUUUUUUUGGUCAACGAACGAGCGCAUGAAUCCUCAGUCAAUUAUUAUAUUUAUAGGCUAAAGAUAGUCGGUAGAGAUUUUAGGUUUGAUAAAUGAGAUAAAAUUAAACUUUCAUUUUAUCAAAGUUAUAAUUAGAGAGAUUUAACUUUUUAUCAAAUAUUUUGUGUAUGUCGGGUUUGCACAUUCAAAUAUUUUAUAUUAUGUAUGGGUAAAAACUUUCAAGGUCAAAAGCACAAGACAAAUAAGUGUAAAAAAUAAUAUGAAAGGUUAUGCUAAAUGUAGAUAGAAAUUCCAGAAAUUGAAAGAUAUUGUGAC